AUGGAAGAUCAUACUAUUUCUACGAACGACAGAAAUACUAAUAUCAAUAAACAUCAAAAUCUAUUACAGCGGCUUCAUAACAAACAGAACGAGAAGAAAUCGACUGAAGCAGUGAGCAUAUUGAAUUUGUUUCGAUAUGUGACAUUGAUUGAUGUAUUAUAUAUACUAUUUGCUACAAUCGCUGCUCUUGGCAAUGGAAUUGCUAUGCCGAUGCUCCUUCUGAUCAGUGGAAAUCUUCUCAAUACGUUCACUAACCGAACGAUCCAACUGUGCUCACUUAAUUUUACAAUGCUCUCCAAAGAUUACUGUCCGUUAGGUGUUGAAUUGACAUCAAUCAAUUUUUAUCAAACAUUUUCAGUAUGUAAUUUGACUGCGUUGAAUUUGACGAACUCCAAUUCUGACUUUAAAAGCGAGACCCAAAAAGAAACAUUAUCUUUGGUAAUUAUUGGAUUCUCCUCAAUUGUCUUAAGUUAUAUUCAAGCUACGUUUUGGAGAAUGUUAGCCGAACGACAAACGCAAAUCAUUCGACGAACCCUAUUUCGAUCGAUUCUCAAGGAAGAAGUUGUCUUUUUCGAUAAACAUAAGACGGGUGAACUUAAUACACAUUUGACAGAUGAUAUCGAUACAAUUCAUAAUGGUAUUGGCGACAAACUUGGUUCGGGAAUACAGCUUUUUGCUUCGGUCAUUGCUGGAUUUGCUGUCGGUUUUGUAAAAGGGUGGAAAUUAACGUUGAUCGUAUUAUCAACGUCAUCAAUGAUUCUUAUCUCAACACCACUUUUUUCCAAACUUGGAAUGCGUCUUACAAAAAUGGAACAGGAAGAAAAUGGAAAAGCGAAUGCAGUGGCCGAAGAAGUGUUUAGUUCGAUUCGUACUGUUUUAUAUUACAACGGACAGGAGAAAGAACAACAGCGGUAUGAAAAAUUCUUAGAUUGUGCCAAGACGAGAAACAUUCAAAAAGGUAUUAUCAAUGGUAUUAUGGUUGGUAUGAUAUGGUUUAUUGUCUAUUGUUGUUACGCAUUGACAUUUUGGUAUGGAACAAAAUUAAUUCUUGAAGAAAACUAUAAUAUUGGCAAUGUUUAUAUCGUUUUUCUUGCAGUUCUCAUUACCAUUUUCAAUUUGGGUGAAAUUGGUCCACAUUUUCAAGCAUUCAGCCAGGCAAAAGUUGCUGCUGGUACCAUAUGGAAAAUGAUUGAUUCUUCUUUCAUUACAUGCAAUAGCUCAGAAAUAGCACUAAAAAAAGAUAAUCUUGUUGGUGAUAUUCAUUUCUCCAAUGUUCAUUUUUGUUAUCCAUCACGACCAGAUAUAAAAGUACUCCAUAAUCUAUCGUUUGAUAUAAAACAUGGGCAGACAAUUGCAUUAAUUGGUUCUUCGGGAUUAGGUAAAUCAACGUGUAUUCAAUUAUUACAACGAUUCUAUGAUCUAAAUUCGGGUUCAAUAACUAUCGAUGGAAUUCCAGUGAAAAAUUUUAAUUUAAAAUGGUUACGACAACAAAUUGGUGUAGUUAGUCAAGAGCCUGUUUUGUUUCAAACAACUAUUCGUGAAAAUAUUUUACUUGGAAAACAAACUGCUAAUGAUGAAGAAGUACACGAAGUUGCUAAAUUAGCUAACGCACAUGACUUUAUCAUGAAUUUACCUAAAAAAUAUGAAACUAUGGUAGGACAACGAGGUACUACACUGUCAGGUGGACAAAAGCAAAGAAUUGCUAUUGCUCGUGCACUCAUUUCCGAUCCAAAAAUAUUGCUUCUUGACGAGGCUACUAGUGCACUUGAUAACGAAAGCGAAAGAAUAAUACAAGACGCAUUAAAUCGUGCUGCUAAAAAUAGAACAACAAUUGUCAUCGCUCAUCGACUCUCAACCAUUCGUAAUGCUGAUAAAAUUAUUGUGAUGCACAAAGGUGAAAUUGUUGAACAAGGCAAUCAUGAUUCAUUAAUGCAAAUUGGUGGCACAUAUUAUAAACUAGUUGAAGCACAAAAAGUGCAUAUGACUGAAGAACAAUUUACACAAUCAGUUCGUUUUAGUGAACAAAAGCGAGAUUCGACAAAUGUUAAAUAUAUUCAUGAGGAACUGUACGAAAGCUUCGAAGAAGAAAACAGUAACAUAAAGAAGAAAAAGUCGAAUGCUGUUUUAACUAUGCUAAAAAUGAAUGCACCAGAAUGGCUAUUUAUUAUGAUUGGAUGUGCAGCAUGUAUUUGCACUGGUGCUAUUGUACCAGGAAUUGGUUUUCUUUUAAGCAAGUUCAUUGGAGUUUUUCAACAAUGUACUGAAGAAAAACAAAGAGAAAAUGUACUUCUUUAUGUUCUUCUAUAUGUUGCCUUUGGAGUUCUUUACUUUACAGCAAUGUUUUUACAAAAUUUUUGUUUUGCUUGUUCCGGUGAAGCACUUACAAAACGAACGCGUUUAAAACUAUUUCGUACUAUUCUUUCUCAAGAAAUUGCAUAUUUUGAUGAUCCAAAAAAUAGUACAGGAGCAUUAUGUACACGUUNUUACAAAAAACGAACGCGUUCAAAAUUAUUUCGAGCACUAUGUACACGUUUAGCAACUGAAGCAUCAGCAAUACAAGGUGCCACUGGUGCAUGUAUGGGCUUUAUUUUUCAAAAUAUUGCCGCUUUUGGUACUGCUAUUAUUAUUGGUUUUGUUUUUUCUUGGCAAUUGACAUUAGUUAUGUUCAUUUUUGUUUUAUUCAUGAUGACCGGAAAGUAUCUUCAAAACCGUUUGACGAUUGGUUCUUUGAUUAAAGAUAAAAAAGCUUUAGAAAACGCGAGCAAGAUAGCUGUAGAAGUCAUUCAAAAUAUUCGAACAGUAGUACAAUUAACCAAGGAAGAUCACUUUUUCAAUAUAUAUUCUCAAUGUUUUACUACUCCCUACCGAUCAUCAAUCACACGAGCGCAUAUUUUUGGUAUCUUCUUUUCAUUGAAUAAUUCAAUUGGUUAUUUCAUUACUGCGACUAUGUUUUCAUUUGGUUCUACACUUGUUUCCAAUGGCACAAUCUCAUUGGAAGAUCUUCUAUUAGUUUACAAUUGUAUUUUAUUUAGUACUGAACAUGUGAUUCUAUCUGCUGCAUUAAUUCCAGAUUAUGGAAAAGCAAGAAUUGCUGCUGAAAAGAUCAUGAAAUUAUUUGCUCGAACUCCUUCAAUCAAUAACGGAUCGAGUGACGGCGAUACAAUUCUUAAUUUCAAUGGACAACUCGAAUUUGACAAUGUCCAGUUUGCAUAUCCAACUCGAUCUGAAACAAUCGUUUUGAACAACUUCAAACUCAAAAUAAAGGCUGGUGUGUCAACAAGUAGCAUUUGUAGGUCAGUAGACUUUUCGUACUAUCGUAACUUNAGUUAUAAAUUCGUCUUUCUUCACUAUGAAAGAAUAAAACCAAAUCUAUCGAGUAAUCAAGAAAAGAUUGACUAUUGGAUUGAGACCUUUUCUCGGCAAGUUCAACAAAAUCUUGUACCUUUAUUCAAAUUUUGGGGUUUUCCAAUUUCUCAACCGACCAUCAAUACGUUAUCCAGUCUGAAAAUAGCCAAUAUAUCUGAUGAUCUCAUUCAAAUCGCUCCGCAUCGUUAUCGUGUCAAAGAACUUUGA